ACUACCCAGGAAGGCAGUGCGAGCUGAGGGCUGCUUUCGCUUUCCCUUCCCUGUGCCCACUCCUCGCUCCUCGCGCGGCGUAAGGCCCCUUCCCCAGCAAUGGCCACGCUCAGGGUUCAGCCUGAAGCCCAAGCCAAGGUGGAUGUGUUCCGUGAAGACCUGUGUACCAAGACAGAGAACCUGCUUGGGAGCUAUUUCCCCAAGAAGAUUUCUGAGUUGGAUGCAUUUUUAAAGGAGCCAGCUCUCAAUGAAGCCAACCUGAGCAAUCUGAAGGCUCCAUUGGACAUCCCAGUGCCUGAUCCAGUCAAGGAGAAAGAGAAGGAGGAGCGAAAGAAACAGCAGGAGAAGGAAGAUAAGGAUGAAAAAAAGAAAGGGGAAGAUGAAGACAAAGGUCCUCCCUGUGGCCCAGUGAACUGCAAUGAGAAGAUUGUGGUCCUCUUGCAGCGCCUGAAGCCUGAGAUCAAGGAUGUCAUUGAGCAGCUCAACCUGGUCACCACCUGGUUGCAGCUGCAGAUACCUCGGAUUGAAGAUGGAAACAACUUUGGAGUGGCUGUCCAGGAAAAGGUGUUUGAGCUGAUGACCACUCUUCAAACCAAGCUGGAAGGCUUCCACACCCAAAUCUCCAAGUAUUUCUCUGAGCGGGGUGAUGCAGUAACCAAAGCGGCCAAGCAACCCCAUGUGGGUGAUUAUCGGCAGCUGGUGCAUGAGCUGGAUGAGGCAGAGUACCGGGACAUCCGACUGAUGAUCAUGGAGAUCCGAAACGCUUAUGCUGUGCUAUAUGACAUCAUCCUGAAGAACUUUGAAAAGCUCAAGAAGCCCAGGGGAGAAACGAAGGGAAUGAUCUAUUGAGGGCCUCCGCUCUCAUUUUGUGAUGGGUGCAGCAGAGAUCCUCCUACUUUUUAUCGGGGACUCCAGACUUUCAACCUACUUUUCUCACUCUGCCAUCAAGGCACAAUAAAUAUAAUCAUUCUGUUACCCAUCAA